GGACAAUGUUUAUGCAUGUAAUUACUCACAGAGACUUUACGUCUUACUCGUUCAGUCAAAGGAUACCAUAAUCAUAAUAUUGACACUGUUGUUAAUCGACCGAUAUCGACCUUUGUUCCCUAUGAUAUUAUAAUUUCUAUCGCCCCACCAGCUUUAUCGCGCUAUAUUUAACUAACACUUCCACAGAUUAAGGUGUUCUCUUUUUAAGGUCGUUACUCCACAAUCCUCUUCUCGCAUUUGUAUCCGCGAUUCUUAUUUUAUCCAUUUCUGGAGAUAGCGAUAGGAACUGAACCGACUUGUUGACCCACGUGGUGGCAGCGAGAUUUAAAUACGAUAAUCGCCCAUUAACAUCAUUUCAGAUCAGGAUCGCAUUUAAUGGAAAGGGGAACGGAUUAUUUAAGCUACAUCCGAUAUCCGGUGAAGAAAAACUCUUCCAUUCUAUCAUCUUGCUAUGCAUUUUGACGAACUUCUGAAGGUACUAGGUGAAUUAGGACACUACCAGCGGACCCGCCUUUUUCUAAUAUGUCUCGUGUCGAUCGUGUGCGCUUUUCAUGCCAUGAAUAUGGUAUUUGUGGGUGCCAAUCCGAAGAAAAAAUGCCAGAUUCCGCACGUGAAUCUGUCGUCUGUUGGUGCUGGGAAUGUGACGUUUGAUCGUUGGACUUCUUUCCUGAGGAGAGCUGACGAAGAUGCGUGUGAAAUUUACAAUCCAGAACAAGUCCUUCAUUCCAUCUCUAACAGCAGUUAUACAUUCCAGGAGCUUGAAUCCUCACAAACAAAUGCUUCUUUUGGUAAAGUAGAAUGCUCUGACUGGGAAUUUUCUCGUGAUGUGUACGGGUCUACAAUUGUAACUCAGUUUCACCUAGUCUGUGAAUCAGCAUGGCUAAGAAGCACGUCCAAAACCCUGUACUUUUUCGGCCGGCUUCUCGGUGCCGUUGUAUUUGGCCAGCUGUCGGACAUAUUUGGUCGUCGGCCGAUGUUUUUUGCCGGGUUGCUGAUGUUGCUGAUCGUUGGCUGUGUUGCUGCAGCCUCUCCGUCCAUGUUUGUCUUCAUCCCGUUCUACAUUCUCCAGGGCGCCGCUCAGACAGGGCUCUUUCUAGUCGCUUACACCAUGUGCACUGAGCUCGUGGGACCGAGUUACCGAGUCUUGGCCGGAUUCCUAAUUCAGGGGUUCUACAGCAUCGGCUACAUGGCCUUAUCCGCAGUAGCCUACCUCAUCUACGACUGGCGUUACAUCGAAGUUGCCAUCACCGUGCCUGUAGUUCUGUUUGCUGCAUAUCUAUGCAUUCUUCCAGAGUCCAUUCGAUGGUUACUCUCCAAAGGUCGAGAUGAGGAGGCGAAAAAGGUUAUAUUGAAAGUAGCAGACUCCAAUAACGUGAUCAUCACAGAGAGCAUGCUAGAAGGGAUCGGACAGUCCAACGAAAAACAGAAAGAGGCAGCAAUUGACGACCGGAAGUACACGUUUCUCGACCUGUUUCGACCAUACCAGAUGUUGAUCCUGUCCCUUAAUGUGUGGUUUAACUGGUUAGUGAAUGCAAUGGUGUACUAUGGACUAGCACUGGGGACAGAUAACUUAGGAGGAGAUCCUUACAUUAAUUUCAUGAUCGCAGGGGCCGUGGAAAUCCCCGCAUAUAUCAUUUGUGUGUUAUGCCUUAAUCGACUGGGAAGAAAAAAGCCACUAACAAUUUCUAUGAUCUUUGGUGGAAUUAGCUGUGUGGCAUCAGCUUUUAUUCCGAAAGAUUUGGUGGCUUUGAAAGUUACCCUAGCAAUGUUCGGGAAGUUUGGCAUCACGGCAUCGUAUGCUAUUAUCUAUCUCAUGGCAGCUGAGGUGUUCCCAACAGUAGUCAGAAAUAUUGGUAUGGGUGUUUCUUCAAUGUCCGCCCGUAUAGGAGGGAUGUUGGCUCCUCAAAUCCUGGACCUCCAGGUCUUCUGGAACCCCCUUCCGCUUCUUGUGUUUGGUGUCCUGGCCGUCGUAGCCGGGCUCUUAGCACUGAUGCUUCCGGAAACCAACGGAAGACCUCUACCGCAGACUAUAGAUGACGUCACGCAUCCGGAUGAACUAAAACAUCGAGAUGACAUGACGUUAGAAAUAACACUGAGCGAAAAGAAAGAAUUUGACUGAUUGUCUAGCAAAGAUAUUAUAGUGGUUGUUUAUUACAACAGGAUUUGCUCAAUGCCUUUUCAGGAUUCCGGAGCUUACGACCUCCGCCAUAGAAGAUGUUGUGGAUUAGCAGUGUUUGUUUGUCUGUGUGUGUGUAUGUUAGUAGGCUUGUGUGAAAAAAGAAACAUUAUGUGGAUUUGAAAAGAAAAAAAAUAUAUGUUCAGAGGUACGUCUGAUGACUGUCUGCGAAUGAACUCUCUGUUUUAAGAGAUCCGAUGUUGGAUUAAGACUUCGUAGUAUUAAUGAAUGUAGCUGUAAUGGUGCGGGUUUAAACGUCGUGUAGAAAUUUUUAUGCCAUAUUUUUGUACCUGAUCUCUAUUUUUCAAUUUGUAGGGCAGUACGUAAGUCUAAUUAUACAUUUCCAUAUUCAAGUAAAGAUUCAUAUCAAGCCCUUCUUCGGGGAUCGUUAUCUCUAUUCUCAUUAUAAACAACCCCAGACAAGUUGAUUCAGGGUAUUCAGUUGUCAUACUUUAAAAUUUUAACACUAUCCAGAAUAAUAUAUUGUAUUGACCAUCAAUCUACUAGUUUGUGAAUGAAUUCAUUAUCAAUUUAGAAAUAGUCUUGGAAGAAACAUGGCAAGUAUACUGUAGUUUAAUGAAAGGUGAAGAUAACGGACAGUGAUCAAUCUCAUAACUCCUACAAGCAAUACAAAAUAGAUAGUUGAGCAAACACGGAUCCCUGGACACAUCAGAGGUUGGAUCAAUUGCUUAGGAGAAGUAAGCAUCCACUGUCGACCGGUCACACCCGCCGUGAGCCCUAUAUCCUGAUCAGGUAAACGGAGUUAUCCGCAGUCAAAAUCAGUGUGCCAAGAACGGCUUAACAAUCUGUAUGAAACACGUCAGACAAUGUGAGUUAUUGCUCUUUAAACAUCCAUCUCAAACUUGUAUAUGUUGGUGUUGAUGAGGGCUAGAUAUAGUGCGGGCAUCCACGAAGAGGAAGAAGGACGCCUUAAGAUCCCCAGUUGGUCCAGGGCAAAGUGCCUGGUAUUUUGAUGUUUUAGGACAAUACUUUUCCAUGCACUUAAAUAGAUAUAACUAGAUUUUUAAAACACAUGAGGCUCUUUUUGAGCGAUGUAAAACGACCAACUGAACUGUAAUCAGUAUAUUUACUUACUGCAUGAGAAGGUGAAAAUAACGAACAGUUUAUAUAAAGAAUACAAAAUUAAGAGUAGGACAAACACGGACUCUCGGACACACCAGAGGUGGGAUCAGGUGCCUAGGAGGAGUAAGCAUCCCCUGAUGACCGGACACACCAGAGGUGGGAUCAGGUGCCUAGGAGAAGUAAGCAUCCCCUGAUGACCGGACACACCAGAGGUGGGAUCAGGUGCCUAGGAGAAGUAAGCAUCCCCUGAUGACCGGACACACCAGAGGUGGGAUCAGGUGCCUAGGAGAAGUAAGCAUCCCCUGAUGAUCUGUUACUCUAGAUAUUCGUAUUCUUGUGAAGCAAGAUCUAUUUUUUUCUUUCCUGACAUAAUCUAGAUUUUCAAAACUUUCUCGGCACGAAGAUGACUCGCACCAUUUUUGUGAAUGUGUAGCAUAGCAAUAUUACACAACAUGUCUUCCGUUGUUGUCCUUGGACACCACGUUCUCUAUCUUGGAACUAAAAUGAUCACUCAGAUGAGGAAGCUCCUGCCGGGAUUGUUCGUAGUAACAUGUACAAGUCAAUUUACAGUGUUCCAGCAUUUCCACACUUCACGAUCAAUCUUUCUAUCUCUUGCUCCAAUAUAUCAGGAAAUGGCAAAUCUCGUGCGUAUUCUAUUUUGAUUCUUUCACCAAUAUUAUCUGCACGUUUUUCCAAAUAACACGGGGUCAAGUAAAAUCCUACCAUCGACGACCGAAUAGUUUGUGGAAACUUGAAUUAUAAAUAAUUACUGCUCGACAACUUCAUCUACACCUCAAGCUUUUGAUAGGGAACCUGAUUUUCCUGAGCGAUUGUCAAAACCCUUCCAUGCAGAACAAGAAAUCUGUCAUCAACAUUUCCUCUAAUGUCUAUAAAUAUGGAUUUCAAGUUUUGUGCCUUAACGAAGUAGCAAUUCUCUGCUUCGAGAAGAAUAUUUAGAGGCCUAAUAUAACCAAGGAUAAACUUAAGAAGAUGAACUGAAACUAAUAAGCCUGACAAUAUGACUCUUACUUCAAAGUUUCCAAAGCAUUCACCAGUUGAGAGAUAUAAACACCAUGUGCAUGUGAUAAUGGAAUCUUGCUACAUAAAUAUGGGAAGUUGACGAUGGAGAAGCUGAAAUCACCCCGUUUGUCAGAAAGUUGUAAUGAUUAACGAAUUGCUAUUAAAUCCGUUUACCUGUACUUACAUAUUGAACCUCUAAAUACCUUAAAAUAAAAUUGUGUAUUGACUAUUGAACAGAAUAUUGUUAAAGAAUGGACAUAUCUCUAAUUUUAAUAAAUAUUUUAAACAAAUAACACCAAACACAAACAACAACACCCGUCUCUUAAAUGUCAUUAUGAAAAACCGGAUAUCAAGAUAUAUUGCUAUAAAAAAAAAAAACCCACUACAAAGUGACAUACAAAAAAAAAAAAAAAAAAAAGAGAGAGAAAAGAACAGCUUAACUCGACCCUAAGUAACAGACUAUCGUUAGCUAUGUGUCUGUUCUAGAGACGUCAAUUUGAUCUCCAUAAUCGAAAGCUGCGGCUAUGUCGACACGGGACUCUGAAGAAAAGGUGAAGGGAAUGAUCAGGGAUCGAUCUCCUAAAAGAAUAAAAAAGUUAAAGUAGGGCAAACACGCACCCCUGGGCAUACAAGAAGUAAGAUCGGAGUAUACAUCGCCUGUUGACCGGGUACACCCGCCGCGGACCCUUUGUCUCGCUGUCAAAAUCUGUGUGUAAAGAAAGGCCUCAAUUGGUAUGAAACACGUCAAACAGCAUUUGAUCCAUUGACAGGUUGUAUUGGUAAAUUUGUAUUGUUAUUUUAUUAUAACGACCAUAACAUUUGCGAAAUGCUGACUUUAAUGGAGGCUGUAACAUCACCGUCAGUGGUUUCUCUCAACUGUUAAAACACAGGCUGUACGCAGAACAACCUCGUGCGUGUGAAAUCAGUUUAGAGAUAUAAACACCAUAUGCAGGUGAUAAUGAAAUAUUGCUACAUAGAUAUGGGGAGUUGAAGAUGGAGAAACUUAAGUCAUAAAUCUGAGUUAUGUUCAAUAAAAUAUAUAAGUUUGGGGGCAGAUAUGAAAUAAUAUUUGGUGUCUUCAUUCGAGUUGAAUAGGAUAUAUAGAAUCGACAUAUGAAUGAAAAUAAUAAUUAUUAAUAGAUAAAACAUCGUCGAUAAAUCUAAAUGCUCAGUUCAAGCCAAAACAAGAUUUUUUUCCUUUCAUGUAUAGAAGCUUUUAAAUAAAGUCUGCCUCGUGAGAGCAUAAAAACAGGCCAGCUCAUAAAGGAAGAAAAUUCGUUGUUGGAAAACCUGAUCACCAAUUGUCAAUGAGGAACUCCAGCGUCUGUUUAAUAUCAACUUAGGAGUACUUGUGCGCAGAAUCAAAGUGGUGUUUAACGGAUUAAUUCUUUUAAUGACUGAUAACAAGAUAUGAAUAUUUCCCUUUUCUAUUUUAUUGAAUAAACAAGUUUCUAUAAUGUCAUAUUGUUUGCCUAAUUCUCUAUUUUGUAUUGCUUAUAGGAGUUAUGAGAUUGGGGAGUUAUAAGAUUGAUCACAGUGCGUUAUCUUAACCUUUCAUAGUGUAAGGUUUAAUUUAUCGUGAGGAAUGGUCGUAUAAAGUGUUGAAAAGUCAUAUGUUUUUAUGUUCUUUAUUUGAGAAAAAGUUUUGCAACUUCAAAUUUACUAAACGUUCUUUAGAAUUGGUUUUAGAAUCCACCUUUGAUUUACAACACUUCUAGUAUAUGUCGUGACACAGUACGUUUGAAGUUUCUCCUUCACAGCUACGCUACCAUGGAUCAACAUAUCAGCCGUGAAAAGUUUCUCUUGCUGAUAACACUGAUGCACAAGGGUAUCGAAUUAUGAUCUUUGCAACUGACACCAACUUGAAUCACCUGUGUGUAGCGGAUCAAGUGGAGAUGUGUGGUUCCAGGCUCUGGAAGACAAUGAUGAUGAUAGCCAGGAUGUCCUCCGUGUGAAAGACUAUGUCACCGAAACUUUGGUAGAAGACCAUAUGGCGAACUGGAACCACUACUAUAAUGUUGGACCGAGAAUUACAAAUGCGGUAGAAGGUUGUUAUCACAAAAUCAACAGUACCGUAAAUUCCUAAAUAUACGGGAUGAAUUUAUUAUCGUAUAAUUUCAGGAGAAAAAUUACUCGCGAAAAAAUAAUUCUCGCUUUUAUUUGUAUGUUGCUAAAACUCACGCCAAAACACUUGAUCAACAGAGCACCCAGUUCAGUAAAGAGUCUUCUUCAAGACAAUUGGUGUUAGUGCACAAAACAGUCAACAUCAUCGCUCCAUCCUAUCUGCAGGAACACAUAACACUCUUUGCUCCCUAGAGAACUCUGCGGGCCAGUGAUCAGAGCCCACAAGUGCCAUAUACCCCCUCAUCUGUGAUUAAAAACUCGAGCUUUUAGUGCGGCUGGCCCUAAACUGUGGAAUGCUCUAUCAUAUGAUAUCAGAACUCCUGCAAGUCUCUGUAUCUUUAAAUCUAAACUAAAGACUCAUCUGUUUACAAUUCAUUACAACUAGUCUGUGCAGAUGAAAUCUAAGUCAAGAUUACUAUGUUGUGCAAUGAUAACGGAUUCCUUAUCUUCACAUACUAGUCAUUUGUUCUUAUACGACUUAUUUUAUUGUUAUUUAAAUAUCGUUUAAAGCAAUAUGGAUUUUACGCUUUACAAAAUAAAUUCAUUAUUAUUA